CCGCUCGGCUGAGUCGGGAUCGGCGGGGCGCGACCUGCGCACGGACCGGGCGGAACCGAACCGAACCGAGCCGGGCUGAGCCGAGCCGAACCGAACCGAGCCUGCCGAGCCGGCCCGAACCACCCUGCCGAAUCGAACUGAGCCCAGGCGAACCAGCCUGCCAAAACGAACUGAGCCGCACCGAACAGAACCGAGCCCAUCCCUACAGCAGCGAACAGAACCGAGCCCAUCCCUACAGCAGCGAACAGAACCGAACCAAACCCGUCCCUCUGGCACGCAGCUGAUCCCCAAGGCACGGAACCAGACCCAUCCCUAUCGCACCGAGGCCGUUCUUUCCGCACCCAGCCCAUCCCUACGGCACUGCACCCCUCCCGCACCCCGCGGUACCGCACCGAUCCCGCACCCCGCGGCACUGCUCCGCAUCCCAGAGCACCGCACCGACCCGUGCCCUGCGGCACCGCUCCGCAUCCCAGGGCUCCGCACCGCGCCCUAAGGCUCGGCACCCUCCGGCCCCGCUCCGCCCCGCGGUGCCCGCAGCGCCCGCGCCCGCCGGGACCAUGAUGUCGUGUGCCGAGCUGCUGGCCGUGUGCCUGCUCUCCGCAGACCGCGGCCCCAAGCCCCGCCGCCAGCCGCUGCCCAUCUUCCACGACAUUUUCCGGCGAGCCGACAAGAACGAUGAUGGGAAGCUGUCAUUUGAGGAGUUCAAGAACUAUUUCUCUGAUGGCAUCCUGAGCUCGGAGGAGCUGUGGGAGUUGUUCAGUGGCAUUGACAGGCGUCACUCAGACAAUGUGGACACAGAGAAGUUGUGUGAUUAUUUCUCAGCCUACCUCGGGGAAUACAGGAACGUGCUCUCUGCCCUGGAAACGCUCAACGCUGCGGUGCUGGCAGCCAUGGACAAAACCAAGCUGAGGUACGAGACAGCCUCGAAGAUGGAGCAGUUCCUGACGCGGUUCCUGCUGCGGGAAACCAUGCACCAGCUGCAGUCCCUGCAGGCGUCCCUCGAGUGCGCCGUGGACACCGUGGAGGAGCAGGCGGGACGGGAGAGAAAGGAGGUCAAGAAAUCGGAGACUUCAGUUGGCCUGAGGUCAGGCAGGCGGUGUGGGCGCAGGGGACAGAAGAACGUCUGCCUGUCCCCAACAGACCCCUACUCUGGGAUGCUGACAACAGGUGUUUGUGUCGAGGACAACAGCCAGUGGAUGGCUCAGAUCAACAGGCUCCAGCAGCUCAUCGAGAAGCUGGAGUGCAAGAGCCCCCGCCUGGAGCCACUGAAGGAGGAAGCCAUGUGCAAGGGACAGGAUGCACACAUCCUGGUGGCCAAGCGGCAGAUCUCGGUGGCCACGAGCGGCAUCGAGGAGUUCCGGCAGGCGUUCCGCUCCUACACCGAGGGCACGGCCGGGCACAGCAGCUGCCUGCAUGUCUCUGCCUGCAAGCUGACGGACGAGGCCUGCUUCAUCCUCUACGAGUUCUGGCAGGACGUGACCUCGUGGAGGAGCCACUUGCAGUCCAGCUGCAGCAAGACUUUCCAGCAGUCCAUCCUCAGCUUGCUGGAGUCCCCGGAGCUGCUGACCACCAUGCUCUUCCCAGCUUCCUGGUGGAUCAUGAACAACAACUGACCCGAGGCAGCUCUCCAGGACACCAUCAGCAUGCGGGAGGACGUGGAACCUGGGCACGGCCCUUGUCACCUUUGUCACCUCCCUGUCCCUCCAUUCCCUCCUGUGGCCAGCGGGGGCUGCCUGCCCCCGGCCCUGCCAGUGUUUUUGCUCCUUUGCUCUUUUCAUGUUAAUUUAUUUAUUUCUCCUGCUCCUAA